AUGUCCUCCUCGCAGGAGCGGAUUCGCCGCCUCGACGAGGAUUGGUCUGGGAUCACCGAUCCCGCUCUUCGCAAGAAGCUGCAAAACAAACUCAACCAACGUGCUUUGCGUAGGCGCGCGGAGACGCCAAGACCGGCAACAGGCUCUGCGCCUGCAGCAGGCCAAAGAGAAGAGCCAGGCUGCCUUGCCCCGGUCAUAUGCUCUCAUACUCCCUCGACUGGAGCCGUCCCAGCAUUGAUGGAUCGCUUCAACGCAGCAGCAUAUGCCAGAUACCAUGCCGCCGAUCCCUGCCUGGACCAUCUCUUUACGCUUUCCAAGUUCAAUGUGCUGCGUGCCUUCGUGGAUAACAUGGCGGCCCUGAGGCUAAGCAUUGAGGCCAUGGGAGAUGACGUUAUCUCCCCGUUCAAUAUGAAUUCCCCAGGAAACCCCAGCCGACAAGGCCUUCCGGCGAGUCUUUUCCCCACCUCAACGCAAUGCACAAUCUCCCACCAUCCCUGGCUGGAUUGUUUCCCAUUCCCGCGCAUGCGGGAUAAUCUGGUCAAGGCCGCGGACUCGUUUAAUGAUUGCGAGCUGUGCACCGAUAUCGUGGACCCCACCAAUGGCGAUAUCGGGAUGAUGGUGUGGGGAGACCCCUGGCUACCGCAGAGCUGGGAGGUGUCGCAGUUGUUUGUGGCCAAGUGGGCGUGGGUGAUCGAGGGGUGCCCCGAGAUAAUCGUGCAUAGCAAUUAUUGGAGGGCUAGACGGGGGCUCGGGAGGCUUAAGGUAGGCGCCGUGUGAAAUCCUCUAUGAUGUAUUCCUCGCCUCUCUCCGGUAACGGUCAAGCUGG